AUGAGCCACUGCCAGCUGCAACACUGCACUGCGACGCACGGGCAAGGCAGGCGUAGCGGAGUAGACGUUAACAUGGAACACCGAAGUGCUAUUGGUCUCUUUUUGUCGCUUGCAGUCCACUUGAAUCGUCCGGCGGCAGCAUUCAAUACCCGCCUUCCUAUCGGGCGCGGGGUACGAGCACUUCGCACAACCGCAGCUGCGGACGCAGGCGACACGAGCAGUUAUAUCGUCGAUGUCGAUGCAAAUCUGCUGCAUGCCGACCUCUCCAACGACAUCGACCAUCACAUACAGGUAGCCUCUUCGGUUGGGGUAAAGCAAUUCGUGGUACCUGGGAGCACAGUGGAAGACAGCCGGGGCUCUUUGGAACUGGCGCGACGAAAACCCAAUGUCGUGUUCUCGACUGCUGGCGUCCAUCCAUACCACGUCCAGGGGUGCGACUCGCUCGAGGAUGCCAUGGCGAGCAUCGCCACUCUCGCAGCAACGGAGGAAGCUCGUUGCGUGGGAGAAUGCGGUUUGGACUACUCAGAAGGCUUUCCCGCGGCCGAACUGCAGCUGCCGUGGUUUGAGAGACAGGUCGAGCUUGCGUGCAAGUUAAAGAAGCCACUUUUCCUCCACGAGCGUGCGGCAUUCGUCGAUUUUUCGGAGGUUCUACGGCGAUACGAUGCCUCGCAUGGUCUGCCUCCGUGCUUGGUGCAUUGUUUUACCGGAUCAGAGGAGGAGUUGACUGCGUACGUUGACAUGGGCUUCUUCGUGAGUGUGGCUGGGGGUAUCUGCAGGGAGAAGAGUGGAGCGGCACUUCGAGCAGCGGUGAAGCGAAUUCCGUUGGAUAGGCUUAUGGUUGAAACGGAUGCACCUUAUCUGGGCUUCUCGGGGUGCCGAAAGGGACACGACAAACCAAAGAAACAGAAUCCGAACGUACCUUCCGCGCUACCAGCGGUGGUUCGGGUUUUGGCGGAAUGUCUUGGGCUACCGUUUGAGGAAGUUGCUCGGGCAACCCUACAGAACAGUCGACAAUUUUUCGGGAUGGCGACGCUUUAGUCGCAAUUUUCGGGAUGACAACAACGCUUUUGUUGCGUUGAAGAGAACGAACGGUUGGUGCCAUUUCAGUAGUUGCCGCUUUUGAGGGAGGUGUGUCGCUUCAGAAACUGUCGGGAUCAAAGUGCUCGCGUGUACGUAGCGAUCAUGUUACGGCUCGAUGUGGGUCCCCUGUUGGAAUGUUCGCAUACGCGAUAAAUGGAAGACCAACGACAUGCCCCUGCGCGCAACCAAAACCGCCGGCCCCGAGUGCCUUGCCUGGAGUUAUCCAAGAGGGCCUCAAUCGUGAAAACAUU